AUGGCAAGUUCCAGUGCCGCAAGUGCGGAACCCGAUCCAGCAAAGGUCCAAGCGAUCACCAAUGCCACAAUGGCGGAGUUUGUCACCAACCUGGCUGGCCUCGGUAUUACGCCGUUUGAACUGACGGCCGAGAAUCUCCUGGUCCACCGUCACUCUGGCGCUUCCGCCUCCACAUCCGCCGAAGAAGAACGGAGCGAAUCUGGCGCUCCCUCUUUCCACUCCUCGGAGCUGCACGACACAAGCCCAGUCGCAGAGGAAGAGUGGCAAGCAUAUGUGUCGGAAGACGAUGAAGAUUCCGAAGAAGAGGACGCGGACGCGGACGAGGACGAGGACACCCUGACGGAGCCUGGGGAAGAGGGCGGGGAGGCGAGCGACAAUGAUGCCGAUGCCGUCCAUGAGCCGCUGUUGUUCCCAGACGCUACUCAGGAGCCCUUCGCCUACGAAGAACUGGACACGAGAGAGCUUAGCAAGUACGCGGAAACGCUGCGCGACAAGGGGUACAUGGCGGUUGUUGAGCAGGUCUGGGCCGAUGAAGAACAGACAGGGCAUCAGACCUUUCAGGCAGUCGAUGGCGUCAUGUUCAAGAGGGCGGCUCUCAGGGUGCUCACCUCGACGCAUACCUGCCUCCUGCGCGAGAUCAUCGAGGGGAACUUAGCGAAGGCAUACCGGCAGGAUCCAAAGGUCCGUGAAGUGCUUCAGGUCAAUCGGCGCAAGUUAAACAUGCGACAACCAUAUAUUUAUCAGCAAGUUCUAGUGGACGGGAACGGAGACUCGCCUUCAGCGCAGCAGCUUCUUAAGAUCGUGGCAUAUCUCCGCACGUACAUAACAGCGGAUGACCCACAGCUGUCCAACAAUAUUGACAACGCCGUCGGAAACCCGAGAGUGUCCCUUACACGAUCGCAGGCAGGGUACCGGCGAUACUUAGCAAAGACUAGCAACGAUCAGCUUUCGAGGAGGAAGAGGCGACAGCUACGCACGUUCUGUACAAACUUGUCACAUUGGUGUGACAACAUACCCCUUAAAGAGAUGGAGGAGCCCCUCAAGAAGCCUCUUACGGAAUUCGGGUAUACGAACAACGCGAUGGUCAGGUUUAAGGACCACGCCGCACACCGUCAAUCAAAUUACCUCAUGAACGCUACUGAAGCUGUCUGCCGCAUCCACUUCCCGCAGUUCGCUAUCGAGCGCCACGUGAUCUUCUACAUCUGGAGCGCUGACCAGGCGUCUGUCGCCGAGGUUCUCUUUCACGACCUCGGUGGGGGCUAUAUCCACACCGGCAGCGGGUUUAGCCAUUUUCCGGCUGGACGGAGCGUUCACAGUGUGAUGAACACCGUGGAAAGUGACUGGAACGAGUGGAUGAACGAGGCUGCGGAGUCGUCGCCUGUCAUUGCAAAUCUGACCGAAGAGACACGGCGACUGAGAGAGAAUACGCAACGAGAGCUCGCACCAUUGCGCGCCGAGAUCGCUGAACUUCAGUCGCGAAAGGCGGAGCUCCAGGCCGAACGCGACCGCCUCGACGAAAUAGACCGCAACCGCGCGGAAGAAGAGGAGCUUGAGCGCAUGCGCGUCUACCGCGACGAGCUGGAAGCCGUAUUGAAGCUGCUGAGGGCGAGAGACGGUUGA